GAGAGAGAGAGAGAGAGGGGAGGGGCGGGGGCUCGCUACCGUUAAUCUCUCUCUCCCUUCCUCCUCCUCCUCCUCCUCUUCUCUCGAUCUCUCUAGGGUUUCUCUGAUGAUCUCGAUCUCGUCGUAGGGGGGGCUCCUGCUUCGUUUUUCUUCUCCGGAUCUCAUCGGCGGCCUUCGCGAGGUUGCUGGUGAUGGAGAAAUGCUGGGAUCUCCUGGAAUGGCUGGGGCCGGACACGUCGACGACCGUGUUCAUGUGCCUGGACAAUGCGGCCGAUCUCGUGCGCGCCAGCGCUGUGUCUCGAUCCUGGCGCCGAUUUGUUGUUGCGAGCGGUUUUAGCAAAAAUCUGUGCCUAAGAAUUUGCCCGGAGGCAUCAAAUUUUACUCAUGUUACCAAAGUAAGCAGUUCACAAAAGGCUGUGGAAGUUGGAUCUAGCACUGCUAUUGAAUGGGAAAGCCUGGAGAGGGAGCACAGGGUAUAUGCAUAUUUGAGUUGCUGCCUCGUUUCAUCUAAGGGCAAAAGGGAUUGCAUUGUUGAGGCCAUUAGGGCUUCCAGCACUGAUAAUUAUCCACUUGAGAGCAUUGAUAAUACACUGGAACCAAGAGACGAAGUUGACUGGAGGCCUUCUUACUGGUCAAGUGGGGGACAAGUAGAUCCUGAAGUACCUGAAACUUUAACUUACAGGCUAAUUUCCAAGUUAUGCAUCAUUGAUGAAAUAAAAGUACAGCCUUUUAAAGCAUUCUUUCAGUUUGGUGAUCCUAUAUAUUCAGCAAAAUCUGUGCGUUUUCGGAUGGGUCAUUCCAGGCUAUUGCAAGGGACCGGAACUUCUGUCACAGAGGGGUAUGCAAAAAGUCAUGGAGCUGGUAAUGACAACUACAACUGGACGUAUGUUUCGCCAGAAUUUCCAAUGGUGCAGGAAAAUGUUUUGCAAUCUUUCAAGCUUCCACGCCCAGUUAUCUGUAUAGGUGGAAUAGUGCAGAUUGAGCUGCUCGGUAGAGUCCAGAAACAAACAGUGGAUAAUAUGUAUUACAUUUGUGUGUGCCAUGUUCAAGUGAUUGGAAGCCCACUUUCGCCUCCUUUCCUCUGCUGAAACGUGCUUAGCCAGAAGCGACGAAGGAGGGGAGCUGGGGAAGGGCGACGAUGGAAAUAAAGGGGAAGCUGUCGUAGAAGCUUUGCCCCUUAGUUUUGGAGUAUUUCCCAGAUGCCAGCGCUGUAGAAGAUGACGCAAGAGAGUUUCAAUGGUAUGCUUUUGCAGUAAGAAUCAGGCAUUUGGGUGCUGGGAGGGGAAGAAGCCAAGCAAGUCUAAAUGCAGUGCUCAGGCCUGUAAAUGCUUCUAAUGAUGAAGAUGGUUCGGAUGAGGGCAGAUUUGCAUGAUUCAUCAUGGUUUCAGCUCGAGUAUAAACCUCUAUCCUUUUCUUAUAAUUUAUAAUGUAGCAAGUUGCCAAGAGCCUUGCCUCUGAGUUUCCUUGAGCAGAUGUCAUGGAAUUUGUGCUAAUUAAUUAUGCAGCCUUCUAUAUAUAUUAAUGUUUAUCAAUAACAUGUUUAAUCGGCUGCUUUGGUUGCUAUACUCAUCAGAGUUACAGAUAUGUAUAUUAUUACUGGAGCCUGAAAAUUGCUAAUUCUGCAACUUGAUUCUGCAUAA